AUGCUGCAUCCGACCAGCAAUUCCAUAGCCCCUCGAUCUCCCCAGACUCGUCUGACUCCAACAACCGCUGAUGUUUCGAAUGAAUCGCCGGUCGAUCCUCAUUCGCAAGCCUCUGCUUCUCGAAAACCCGCCCACCAACUUCUGAGCAAUAAUCUUAUUCCCAGGGACUAUCUAUCUUCACUGGCAGGCUCAAGAUCCCCUGGCUUUCCGCCGCGACGGAACCUUGACGACGCUCCCUCCUCUACCACAAGCCCUGCUUUUAAUAGUACACAUGAGCUCGGCAGAAGUGGUUCAGCACAGGCACAUCCCGGCGAAGCGCUGCUGACGGGGAGGACGAAACACAACCCUCCAUCUGGAUCCGAGUUGCGACCGUCUCCAGACCAAAGAUCUGUCAAGUCCAGCAGUACCAAUACCACAACCGCGCCGGCAGAUUCCUUAUCUGGGCCGGGACCAUCCCUGAUCUCAGAAUCACCCAAAUCUUUCGUCUCGUCCUUGACGAGCGUCCAGCACGAGGCUACCAUGCCGCGCACUUCGUCCAUCGACUCGGCCAUCUCGAAUAUUUCCAAUCCAUCAGCGCCGCAGAAACUGCCCGGCGACACAAAGGACCCCAGUCCGCAAGAAGUUCGCAAUUUGAUUGCCACGGCGGGAUCGGCGGAGAAUCUCGUACAGCAUCUCCUCAGGGACAAAGGCCAUGCCGCUGCACAGAAUGCACAGUUAUGGAAACUGGUGGACAAACAGCGAGCGUUGUUGCUCGGUCUGAACAAAGAUCUCGAAAGGGCGAGCAAGGAGAGAGACAGGUAUAGAAAGAAACUGAAGGAACUGCAAGACAAAGCCCCAUCGAUACCCACAAUCCACAUGGAGGGUCAUUCACCUCAGUCCGAAGGAGGUGCGUCUGUGUCAUCGAAUGAGGCUGUCAUCGGGAGAGAUACCAGGCCCAACCUGCAUGAGGACCAUCAGACCCCUCAAAAGCAUUCAAGUCCGCCCAUCCACAGUUCUCCCGUGGACUCUUCCAUGAUGCCAUCCCCACUCCACAUGCAGCAGCCACAUAAGUUUCAAAGUAUCUCGACACAGUUGGCAAACCCGAUGGCCACAGUCACCGAGUCAAGUCCCCUCAGUGAAAAGGCUCCAAAAUCUUUCCAGGCCUCGCGAAAGACUGCUCCGCGCCCUUUGAAGCUCAGUUCGGCCAAGGAAAAUCUUCCCGUCGCACAGCAAUACCCCCUUGGCGAGGCAAUUGUUAGCGAUGCAGAGGAAGAAAUGCGACAGCCAGUCCCACGCGGACGACGCAAGACACGUGAAGAAGACGAUCGUGAGCGUGAAAUCAUUGCAUUUAAAGAGCAAGAAGCACGGAGUCGAUCAAAGAAAGACAAACAACAAAAUAGUGACAUCGUCGACAUUCAGGGCCAGGCACCGCAACCUCUAUCAACUGUUGCACUGGACCAGAUGCACACAAGAAUGCAAGCUCAACUGUCACCUCAGUCGAUCACGUCGGCAGGGUCGUCAGCACAAUUGUCAAUUCCUUUACGCAGUCCUGGUCUUCCUUUGAGCCCACGCCCUAUUGGCCAGGCACUUCUCGGCGCUACACUACCCAUGUCGCCUCGCAGUGUCGGUGGUGGAAGCAACUUCCCUCUCUCACCACGAGCACCAAAACAAGCACUUCCAAAUCCUACCACACCUGGUACACAUGCUCCUGCUCCGCAUACUCUCGACGCUCAGAAGAGGCCGGCUCCAUCCUUGGGUCCGUCUCCUCUAGCGAAGAUGAAUUCCAACAGUUCCUCAGAUCAGCCUCCCAUCCACGAUUCACUUCUGAGUCCAGGUGAGAUUCCCUUGGUGAAUCGCAGUCUGGUUAGUCCAACCUGGCCUGAUCUACUACUUCCUCCGAACGCUCUCCCCUCCAUCCAAGUCAGAGUCGCAUCGUCUCGCUUGAAGCCUUCCCGCAACAGUGUCAUCGGCGUCAAGCCCCAAGAGGAAUUAUCAGUCUUCAGUUUGUCGAUCUACGAGCGCGCAAGCGCCUCUGAGCUCUGGCGACUUGAAAAACUCCCCAUGUCACUCCCUACCCUUGAACAGCAACUCAGAACCAAGUGCACUGAGUUACCCAAGUUGCCAGAGAGAAAGCUAUUUUCGGGCCAUUCUCCAGUCAUUGUUGAUGCUCGGCGACAAGCUAUCGAUAAUUAUUUCGACGAACUUCUAGACACACCGAUGGAUGAACAGGCAGCAGCAUUCAUUUGUAAAUACCUAUCCACUGAUGUCUUGGAUCAUCAUGUCCGCCCACCAGCCCAACAAUCUGUCGACGAGACACAAGCGAAGUCGAUCCCCACUCCACAGUCAUCAGGAAUCCCCACCAAGUCAGGGUAUCUCACCAAGAAGGGCAAAAAUUUCGGAGGAUGGAAGUCGAGAUAUUUUGUGCUGGAUAGUCCCGAGUUGAGAUACUUUGAAGCUCCUGGCGGAGCACAUCUAGGCACCAUCAAACUGCUCAAUGCUCGCAUUGGACGCCAGACACAGUCCGAUCCUCCAGGACGUCCCGAAGGAGAUGCAGAAAAUCAGUAUCGCCAUGCUUUCCUCAUUUUGGAGCCGAAACGUAAGGACAUGAACAGCCACCUGCGGCAUGUUCUCUGUGCUGAGAGUGAUGAAGAACGAGAUGAGUGGGUUGAGACUCUUCUGCAUUACAUUGAUGAGCGACCAACCGAAAUGAAGGCUCAAUAUGGAGCAGGUGUGCAGAACGCUCAAGGAAAAGAAUCCAAGUCGACUCACAAAAGUGGAAGCACUCAUACCCAUGACGAUACGGAGUCCAAGCCAGCUAGUAGCCCGUUGCUAGGACACCCUUACAGCGACACACCAUCGCCAUCGAACGCGUCCAGUCACACUCCCGAUCCUUCUCUUCCCGAGACGAUACCAGCAUCGAAAUCGAUGAUUUCAGGUCCGAUCAACGGCUCCAAAAUCUCAGAUGCUGGACUUUGGGGUAACAGAUCAGCUGCCCCUGGUGGUAGCAAAGACCGUGACCGAGGAGAUCGUGGCAUGCGUAAUCUUUUCCACUUCAGAAAAUCAUCGUCAGAGCAACUGGCCCAACAUCAAGCCCAAUCUCAACACCAUCCCGCUCCUCCAAAAAAGACAGAGUUCCAAGUUCGGAGACAAGGCCCCAUCCGACCCGUUUUUGGCAUGCAACUCUCUGAAGCAACUACACACUAUUCCCCGAUGGAUGUGGACGUAUACUUACCCGCCGUGGUAUACCGUUGCAUUAGAUACUUGGAAGCCAAGGACGCUGCCAACGAGGAAGGUCUCUUCAGGCUCAGUGGAUCUAACAUUGUGAUCCGGUCGCUGAAAGAUCGAUUCAACAGUGAAGGAGACAUCGAUCUGCUUGCAGAGGAUGAGGAUUAUGAUGUUCACGCCGUGGCCUCUCUGUUCAAGAUGUAUCUCCGCGAAUUGCCCGCAACGAUUCUCACCCGAGAGUUACAUCUGGAGUUUCUCAAAGUUUUAGAAGUUCCAGACAAGCAAAGGAAGAUUCAGGCUUUCAAUGGACUUGUACACGACCUACCCACCUGUAACUUCGCCUUACUGCGAAGCCUGUCUCAAUAUCUUCUUCAAGUGGUCUCAAAUUCAGAAAGAAACAAAAUGAGCGUUAAGAACGUUGGCAUCGUUUUUUCCCCGACUUUGAACAUACCGGCACCUGUGUUCUCGAUGUUCCUGACAGAAUUCGAAGCAAUCUUUGACGCACCCAUACAAAGAGAUUCAAUUCGGUCGACGGAAAUCGAGCGCGAGGCUGGUGGUGCUCUGACCCCAGAAGACAUCCGAUCACCUCGGCGACAGAUGUUCACCGACCUUCCAACCCCUGCUUAUAACCAGCACAGCUUCGCAAAUAAUGCCAUCAACGCGAAUUCUAAUGCUAGCGCUAGUCAUGGAGCUUCACAUCCUCAUUCUCAUGCACCACCCCCCGAGCACCAUCGAGAUCCGAGCGAUGAUCUUGGCUUUGCGCCCUUGCAACCAAGCUACGAAUCACGCAAUUAUGUCUCUCAUCCUCAAGAUAUGCCUGCACCACCACGAUAUCCGCCACCACAGCCACCUUAUGGAGGCCAGGUCGACUACUCCGGAUCGACCUUAUUAAUGACGCCUGAGAACGCUGCCACAGUCAAGGCCAAGAGACGCGAGAGCAGUAUGCUAUUUUUGUAG